CAGAAACCUGCAUCCUUUGUUUCGCUAUGAUUGGGCAUGUAUUCUUCUAAGCACCGCAACAACUUGGUCUCUACAUCACCAGCUCUCUCAACGGUUUUCGGUAUGUUGGUGAAAAUAUUGGGAGUACUGGAAAGAUAACGAAUUCAAUACAGAUAGAUUAGUUUACACAGUUAAGCUGCCUUCUAAAAGUAUUUAAGAUACUUUGCUUGGGAUUGACUUCUUGUUGCAGAAAUCUCAAGGACAUCUUGCUCUGGGGUUCGGAGGGGUUAGCAAAAUCUCCAUUUUUUAAAGGUAUUUUUAGUCCUCUUGCCUGUGUGUUUUGAUUACCCAAGUGUUUGGUGACCUGGUACGGUUAUUGUUCUGAAAAUUCCCCUAGACUCAAACAAAACCAGAAACCAAAUGGAAGACAGACAGCAAGAGAAAACAACUUGUGAUAUCCUUCCAAAUCUUCUCUCCUCAUUUGUGGACACUUUUGUUGAUUUCUCUGUUAGUGGCCUUUUCUUACCCCAGCAAAAUUCCCCAACUACUAUGUCCAACUCCAGUAAUCUUCCCAAGACCUACUACCCACCUCCUGACCGUCUCAUUGCCAUUGGUGAUCUUCAUGGUGAUCUUGAAAAAUCCAAGCAAGCCCUGCGUCUGGCUGGGCUUAUUGACAGAAACGACUGUUGGUCUGGAGGGUCUGCCACUGUGGUUCAGGUUGGGGAUGUGCUUGAUCGUGGUGGGGAGGAGCUCAAGAUUCUUUAUUUCUUGGAGAAGCUGAGACGACAAGCUGUAAAAAGUGGUGGUCAGCUGAUAACAAUGAAUGGUAAUCAUGAGAUAAUGAAUGUAGGAGGUGAUUUUAGGUACGUGACUCGAGAAGGCUUGGAGGAAUUUAGCAAUUGGGCUUAUUGGUAUUCUGUAGGGAACAAAAUGAAGAGCUUGUGUGAUGGUUUGGAAAAGCCUAGGGACCCAUUUCUUGGCAUUCCCUCUUCUUUAGUUGGAAUGCCAGUUGGAAUGCCAGAAGAGUUAAAUCAUGGAAUCAGAGCUCGAAUUGCUGCAUUACAACCCGAUGGGCCAAUUGCAUGUCGAUUUUUAUCAAGUAAUGUAACAGUUUUGGUGGUUGGGGAGUCAGUUCUUGUGCAUGGAGGACUUCUAGAGAGUCAUGUGUCUUACGGGUUGGAAAAAAUAAAUGAGGAGGUGAGAAAUUGGAUUAACGGGUUGAUGGGGCCGUCAGCACCACGGUUUUGUAGAGGAAGCAAUGCAGUUGUUUGGUUGAGGAAAUUUUCAGAUGAGAUAGCACAAAAUUGUGAUUGCUCACUUCUUGAGCAUGUUCUUGCAACUAUUCCUGGAGCAAAGAGAAUGAUUAUGGGUCACACCAUUCAGAAGAUUGGGAUUAAUGGUGUUUGUGAUGAUAGAGCCAUUAGGAUUGAUGUUGGAAUGUCAGAAGGGUGUGGCAAUGGCUUACCUCAGGUUUUGGAGAUAAACAAAAAUUCAGAAAUAAGGGUGUUGCCAUUAAAGCCUAUGUAUCAGAACAAUCACAAAGCUUUCAUGGAUGCUGACAGGAUGAAGGGGCGCAAUUUUUUGACACAGGAUCACAGGCAGAAACAAGUGGAAGUGAAAGCUUAAGACUUGGGACCUCAUGAGUGCGUAUGGCAUUAGGGAUUUUACAUUGUUGCUCUCCGUAUAUUCAAAUCUUGACUUAAUCAUUAUUUGUGGUGGAGAAAUUCAUCAAAACAGAUAUUGGUUUGUCUUUGGGAUUGUUGCCAAUUUCUAUUCUCUUCUAGUGUUCUCUAUGUUACCUUAUAUUAUGUUUGCUGUACUUUGCUUAAUAGCCAGCCCUGUGCCAUUCUUUCAUUGGAAUAAGAACUCGCCAUACAU